AUGGCAGAAGGGGCUGCAGCUUUUGCCAUUGCCGGCAACGUUCUACAAUUCGUCGAAUUUGCAACAAAAUUCAGUAACAAAUGUCUCGAAAUUCAUCGUGCUGGCGGGAGCGCUCCUGGCGACUUGCAGAGUCUUCGCUAUCUUGUGGACAGCCAGCAGAAUUUUUUGCAGCGACUGCGGGUGUCCGAUUCAGAGCAUUCAAAGAUAUUGCUGGAGCAUGUAGAGGUCGCAAACGUUGCAGAAGCGUGUCACAAGAGGUUUGCAGACAUUUCAAAGUCUCUGAAUCAAAUCGGCAUAACAGGCGGCAAAACGGUGCGAAGUGUCGUUCUCAACGCUUUCAAGGCAACAUGGAAUCAGGACAAGAUCGAGGCUCUCAGAAACGAGGUUGCAUCGUUCAGUCAGAGCUUGAACACGUCGCUCCUCCACUCUUUAAGAGAGUACGCUGCCAAGUCAGAAGAGCAGCAGAUUGCUAUAUUGGAAAAGCUUGACAUCAUUCAGGACAACACUGGAACUUUGACAAGCACCUCUAUCGUUGAAGGACAGGAAGCCUCAUGGAAUGCACCCGGGGAUGCUGUCAUAGCCUUCAUCGUCCGCUCUCUUGACGCAGAACCUGAAGACCGCGAAAAGAGCGCCAUGGAAUUGCGACACGGCAUACUCCAGCGUAUCCUCCUCAAUACAACCAGCAGGGUGAAUCAUGGCGAAGAGGUGGGCCCUCCGUCAAUUAACCUACCUCGAGAUCGCGAGAAACAACUUCAGGCCACGAUAUUGGCAAGUUUUGUUUACGAUGUCAUGGAUGACCGGCAUUCGAGGAUCAUUGAUGCUCACGAGGAAACAUUCCGCUGGAUAUUCGAGCAUCCCAAAGAGGAUCCAGGAAAGUGGUCCGACUUCAAAGAUUGGCUCAAGUCCGAUGAGCAGCUUUAUUGGAUCACAGGGAAAGCGGGUUCAGGAAAAUCUACCCUGAUGAAGUUUAUCUGCAGCUCAGCCCCGGAAAGUCGUCCAGAUAACACGAUUGAUCCUGACGAAUCAUCCGACAACCAGUUUGAGCGAUGCCGUCACGACCUGCUGGACUGGGCUGGAAGUAGACCCCUGAUAAUCGCGUCAUUUUACUUUUGGGCAUCCGGGAACGAGUUGGAGGCCUCGCCGAAGGGUCUCUACAUGUCACUCAUA